AUGACAAUGAAUCAAAGUUAUAAGAAGGAAUUUGUACUAAAAGUUGAUAACAGAAAUGCAGGAAAAUCAUAUCUGAUGACUAGGCGACAGAAAAAAGGUGAUAAAAUACGAUAUUAUCUGUAUACCGAAGAUGAAGAACAAUUAAUCUUAGCCGGAAUUCAUGAAAACAAAACAGAAAACUAUUUAGUAGCUACUAGUGCAAUAGAAUAUAAAAAAGAUUCGGAAUUUUACGUCGGUUUAGUUGAAUGCGUUUCACAUCAAACAAGUUAUCUUAUUCAUUCACCAGAUUCAAAACAAAUUAAAGUACUUAUGCUAGGAGAAGGUCGUUCUCCUCAUGUUUUUUUAAAUCCUGAUCACAUUACAGAUGAAGAAUUACAUUUGAGACCUCAAGUUAAUCUUAAUUGUAGCAGCGACUUAAUACAAAUAUCUAUGCUAAAGAAAGAUAAAGUAGUUUUCGAUUUAAAACAAAUAUACAAAGAUGAAUUUAAAUUAUACUGUACAGAGCCGCUCACGCUUUACGAGAGCUUCGGAAUCGCAAUAUGUAUAUGUCUAAUACAGAGCUAA